GGUUCCACGAAACCCCCUCCCGCCCCCCGCCGCGCCGCACAAGCUUCCGCCGGCGAGCGACGACCCUUGUUCCGACCUGUCCGCCGCACGCGGAGGCCGGCGUGGAGGGAGGAGGAGGGGGAGCCCUGCAGCCAUGGGCGCCGAGGCAGAGCAGCAGCAGGCGCCCUCCUCGCCCCCGCCGGUGGUGGUGGGGCUGCAGCUGUCGGCGCUGAUCGACCACGUGGCGCACGUCGACUGGUCCCUCCUCGACCGCGUCCCCGGCGACCGCGGCGGCUCGCAGCAGGUCUCUUUUGAGGAGUUAAAUCAUAUCCUGACUGAAGUGAAUGCCCUCAUCCUCCCUUCCCGUGACGACCUCUCUCCAGUAAGAACUAUGGCCGGUGGUAGUGUUGCAAAUACAAUCCGGGGACUCUCAGCGGGAUUUGGGAUAUCGACUGGAAUAAUUGGAGCUCGUGGAGAUGAUGACCAGGGUCUUUUAUUUGUCAAUAACAUGAGCUUUAGUGGUGUAGACCUCACCAGAUUAAGGACGAAAAAGGGGCACACUGCGCAGUGUGCAUGCUUGGUUGAUGCCAGUGGCAAUCGCACCAUGCGCCCGUGCCUAUCCAGUGCAGUCAAGCUCCAGGCCAAUGAGUUCGUGAAGGAGGACUUCCAAGGCUCCAAGUGGCUGGUUGUGAGAUAUGCACAACAAAAUCUGGAACAGAUUAUUGAGGCAAUCAGGGUUGCUAAACAAGAAGGUCUCUCAGUAUCAUUAGAUUUGGCUAGUUUCGAGAUGGUUCGCGACUAUAGGUUGCAACUCAUUGCCCUUUUGGAGACAGGCAACAUUGACCUUUGUUUUGCAAAUGAGGAUGAAGCUAGGGAGAUCAUAGGGGGAGAACUGACAUUUGAUCCAGAGGUGGCACUUGCAUUCUUGUCCAAGUACUGCAAAUGGGCCGUGGUGACCCUUGCAUCAAAGGGAUGCCUUGCUAAGCAUGGCAAGCAGGUAGUCCAGGUGCCGGCCAUCGGGGAGAGCAACGCGGUGGACGCCACAGGCGCGGGGGACCUGUUUGCGAGCGGGUUCCUGUACGGGCUGGUGAAAGGGCUGCCCCUGGAGGAGUGCUGCAAGGUUGGGGCGUGCAGCGGCGGGUCGGUGAUCAGGGCCCUGGGCGGGGAGGUGAGGCCGGAGAACUGGCAGUGGAUGUACAAGCAGAUGCACGCCGGCGGGCUGCUGCUCCCGGAGCUCAAGAACUGAAUGAAUGACUCCUCCUGCCUUGGUUACAUACUUGCUCCUAAGAAGCUGCUGGAAAGCUUGUGUUAAGAAGCCAUCGAUUGACUUUGGUCAUUGCAAGUGCUUUGCCCCCAUUGAUCUCCCAUAUGUUUGGGAAAGGGCAAGCAGAUUGAUUGUUUGUUCAGGAGGGCACUGAACCUGUCCAUGCUUGAAUGGAUGAAUGAAUUGAAUUGAACCCACUAUGGAUUAUUAGUACUACUAUCAUGCAUGUGAUUUGAUUGUUUUAUAACCUGUUGCAAAAGAAUAGUCACAAAUGCAAUAAAAAAACAGGAUUAAGCUGGCA